UAGAUUUAUAACAUUUACUCCACAAACAGGAAAUAUGCAAAUAGCCCUUGUAUUACGAUAUAAUCAGGGUGAGGGGGCUGCUUUGUUACCUAUAAGUUCAUAGUCUGUUAGCGGACCGAAGGACUAUAAUUCAUUGUCAUAAAAAUCGACGCACGGUUCACGCAUGUGCGCCGGGCAACUGAGUGAAGUUCGUGUGCGAGUGCUAGGGAUUGCGAGAACGAACAUAACCGGAGACGUCCGACCAGUGCCGAGUCGGUCGCUCAGUGGGAUCCACGCUCGCGCGAACUACUCAUUUAUUGACCAUUUCCUGCGACAUUCCCACAAAAAACACGCUGCCUGCCGUUCAUACUGCCCCAAAACAUUAACAAUAAGUGACAAUACAGUGACAAACAUUAUAUUUUAUGUAAUAACGUUAGUUGAGAAGUAUACUACGAAGAGUUGUGUAAUGGAAGUAAUACAGAACACGACGUCGCUAGCACCUGUUAAUAGAUUACGUUAAUUAUCUUAAUAAAUAUAAACAUCGAGUGGUCGUCCUAUUUGUUAUUUACAAUUCCAAGUGUUAAAGAAUAACAUAUUAAAGUGACGAGGCUCCGAAGAAGAGGAGUAAGUAACAGUUGUGACAAAAUGCCUACAUCAAUACAAGAGAAUAUUGCUUUGUUGAAUAUGAUGUCUUCGGACAAUUUGGAGGAUGAUUUGAAGAGUGUCCAGCUACAUUUUCCCUCGGACAGACGAUUGCAAAGCGACGGCGCAUGCGUGGAGGAGAGGGUGAGGACUUCCCGGGGGGAUAUCCUCGUGGCCGUCCGUGGGGACCGCAGCAAACGUGCCAUCAUCACCUACCAUGACCUUGGCCUUAACUAUGCCGCUAACUUUCAAGCAUUCUUCAACUUCGUCGAUAUGAGGGCUAUUUUAGAUAAAUUUUGCAUUUACCACAUCAAUGCACCGGGACAAGAGGAAGGCGCCCACUCGCUGCCAGAGGACUUUACCUAUCCAAGCAUGGAUAGUUUGGCUUCUCAAAUUGAUUUCGUACUUGGUCAUUUCGGCAUUCGAUCUUUCAUAGGCUUUGGAGUGGGCGCAGGAGCUAAUAUACUGGCACGUUACGCCCUUACAAACCCUCAGAAAGUAGACGCUUUAGUUCUAAUCAAUUGUACAUCGACGCAGGCUGGUUGGACGGAGUGGCUGUACCAAAAGAUUAACACCAGACAGCUUCGUUCGAGCGGCAUGACACAGGGAGCACUCGACUAUCUAAUGUGGCAUCACUUCGGCCGCAGCACUGAAGACAGGAACCACGAUCUUGCACAAGUCUACAAGGAAUGCUUCUCCCACGUGAACCCUAUUAAUUUGUCGAUGUUCAUCGAUUCGUAUUUGCGGCGCAACGACUUAUCUAUUGCCCGCGAGAGUAACACUAUAAAAGUACCUAUUUUGAAUGUGACUGGAGCUCUCUCGCCGCAUGUUGACGAUACUGUAACGUUUAAUGGACGAUUAGAUCCCGCGAAAACAUCCUGGCUGAGUAUUUCCGACUGCGGCAUGGUGUUAGAGGAGCAACCGAGCAAAAUAGCGGAGGCCUUUAAGCUAUUCCUUCAAGGGGAGGGAUACUUCAGGUAGUUAUGUUGCAGGAGACGAAGAUAAGCGCAGCGCUGCUAUUCGUAGUACACAUGAUGCUUACACGCGAGCUUUAAGACACUGUUGUAGUCACAUGAUGGAUAUAGACACAAAAAUGUUGUUCCUUGUUUUAGAUAUUUAUCUGAAUAAAUUUUAUUUUAUGGCUUAACUCGAGUUUCCUUGUUCCUUUCAUAAAUAAAAAUACUGGUUCGAAAUAUAGGUUUAUAACUUGUCUAACAUUAUGAUGAAAAUAAUUCAAUCAAAAACCAGGCAAGUGCCACUUGCAGCCCAUAAGGCCUGAGGCCUAAGGUUUGAAUCCUGAUAGAAGCAAUUGACGGUUACUAAUAAUCCUUAUUUUGUAUUAGACUCUCUUUUACCUAACAAUCUUCAGUUUAGUCCAUAUAUUAAGUACUUAAAAAGUUUAAAUAUAUUUUUGUAGUAAGUACUAAAUAAUAUUCUGUAAUAGCAAAUGGACAUAUAGUAAAUCAUUUGAAUAAAUAAAGUCGAUUUAUUUUUAUACUAAUAAUUCAAGUUAAUAUCCAGAUUUUUAAUGCCCGAUAUAAAAUUAUACUCAUAAUAGAAUGCAAACAAUUAUACAUAUACAUUUGCUUACUUUGAUUUGUUUACAAAAUAAAAGAAAUCAAAUGUCUUUCAGCUUAGGUCUAUACAUCAAAUGUGUCUCACGCUAAAUACGGCAAGUGAAGCAGCUCACCUAAUUUCAAUAUUAAAUUCAAACCAAAUAUAAAGCUGCAAUAAUCCAAAUUAGAUUUCAGCGUGAAAAUUAUGAAACUCUCGAUUACAGUAAAUUUAAGAGAGGCCUCAAAAUUUUGCUAAUUUUCUACCAAUUCCACACUGGGUAUUGGAAUAACAAUUUAUUUGAAAUCCAAUACCCUUCUGUUCAAUAUUUUGAACUGUGUGGAGGAAAGCAAUUUGCUAUUAAUUGAAUAUUUACAAUUUGGUAAAUUAAAAUUACAGUACUUCGCUAAACUCUUGACAGUUUCAAGGCAAAUUGUAAUUCUUUGCGUAUUUAAUUUGAGCAUGCAAAUUUUGUGUUACAAACAUGGGUUAAAUAAAAU